AUGCGUAUCCCAUUUCUAGAGGGCGCUGCAAGGGCGCUGUCGUGGUCUUCCGCACUCCAGAAGCCAAUUCUCAGCAACGAACGUCCCCAAGAUUCAAUCUCCUUGAAGGCAGCGAUACCCGGCGGCCCAUUCAGCCUCUGUGAGGUUUCCCGCCCGGCCGAUCUCUUUGACAUCACAUCUGUCUCACUCAGCAAGCGGCCAGUUUACAUCGACGACAUGUUCCUCGUUCAUCUCUACGGAGACUUCCAAAAGUCAUUCACGGGAAAUGGAACCCUCAGACUCAAUGUCAAUUGCGGCUCUCACUGCGAAGAAUAUGGCGCCCCAGUAGACUCCCCUGGUGAGAGUACUAGCUUUGAUUUCUGCGAGAUGAGCAAUAUUGAACAGCCUCUGCACGGCAAGAAGGCAACUUGCCCACCUGAAGAGGGAUUUGCGUUGCUCAGUUCGCCGGCAUGGGUUUUCCCCAUGUUUUUGAACGUCCCUGGCUGGUACAACUUCACAUUUGAUGCGAAGACUGAUGAUGGUGAGAGAAUUUAUUGUGUACAGACGGAAGUCUGUUUGCGGUGGGAAGACGAAGAGAAGAAUAAGCGUUAUCGGCAAGGUCCGUGGAAUAAUUGUACGUGGCCGAGAUAG